AUGAAUUCCAUUGGUGGAUUUCGAGAGGGAGAAAUCGAUGGAAAAGCAAAUCUCAUUUACACUUUGUUAUCGCAAAUAGACAGUCAACUGUCCUCCUCCACUCAAGCAACCAUUGAUUCCGGUGGAGACAACCGCCCUACUCAACCUCUUUUCUUAUGUCCCUCUUUACGUCUCAAAGUUCACCAGUUAAAACAUAAGAAGGAAGCUUCAUCUGAUAACAUGUUCCCGCUCAAUACUUCCCCACACUUCCCCAGCAGUGAUCAACAAGUCCAAUAUCUGCUUGAUUCCGACAGCCAUGAUGUUAUAUGUAAGCUUCCUGUUGUCCCUCUCUUUUGGUGCAACAAUAAAGAAUCUGAUAAUGAUGAUGGGGAAUUUUAUUGUGGUGCAUGUUAUGGCUCAAAACAUGGUACAAACUAUUAUUUUUGUCUCACAUGUGGUAAACAAUUCCACAAAGAAUGUGUGGAGUCUCCAUUUGAGAUCAAACACCCUUCCUAUCCUUUUCAAUCUCUCCAGCUUUAUUGUCCUCCCUUGAGCCUAUUGUUUUGCAACUGUUGUGAAACAAAUUUCCUUCAAAUGUCUUAUCAAUGUCCUACCUACAACUUAACUAUGCAUCCGGUUUGUGCCAUGAAACCAAUACCCUUUGUUAUUGACCACCCGAAAAGGCAUCAACACUCUCUCACCUUUUUCCCAAGACAAUUUUUCUUACCCUGCAAUGUUUGCGGCCUGAUUAAAGAUCGUAUUCCCACCUAUGUCUGUCUUCGAUGUGUCUUCAUAGUCCAUCGAGAUUGUAUCUAUUUCCCGCAUGUCAUAAGAAUAUCUCGUCACCACCACCGUAUCUCUUUUACCUCUUAUCUUCCAUCUGGAAAAUGGUCUUGCGGAGUUUGUCGUCAAAAUGUUGACAAUAACUAUGGUGCAUACUCUUGCAGCAAGUGUAAUAACUAUUUUGUUCAUACAAGAUGUGCGUUGCGAGAAGACGUGUGGGAUGGAGAGGAUCUCGAGGGAGUACCCGAAGAACCUGAGAUAAUUGUCGAACCAUUUGAGACGAUAGCUGAUGGAAUAAUACUCCAUUUUUCUCAUGGCCAUUAUCUAAAACUCGAGACAUGUAAAGUUUACGAUGAAAACAAGCUUUGUCAAGGGUGUGUCCUUCCAAUCUAUGAGGGAUCCUAUUAUUCAUGUAUGGAUGAGUGUGACUUCAUCCUCCACGAAGCAUGUGCAAAUGCUCCUCGCAAGAAACAUCAUGCGUUGCAUCCUCACCCACUUACAUUGAAGGUUGUCACUAAUGAAUAUGGAGACCUCAACAACAAAGGUUACUUCUAUUGUAAUGCUUGUAAGCGUGAUAGUUGUGGUUUCGUCUACGAGAGUUCAGUAGAAGAUCAAGAUUUCAGACUAGACUUACAGUGUGCCUUGGUCACCGAACCGUUUGAAUAUCAAGGCCAUAAGCAUCCUUUAUUUCUAGCUUUAAAGCCAAAGGUAGAAAGAGCGGCAAAAUGUCAUAUCUGCCAAAAAAAAGAUCGUCUUUGUCGAAAACUAAAUUGCAUUGAAUGCGAUUUUAUUAUAUGUUUCAAGUGCGCUACAUUACCAUACAAGGCAAGGUAUAAGCAUGACAAACAUCUCCUCACAUUUUGCAAAGUGAAUGAAGCAAGUGGCUGGUGUGAGGUAUGUGAACGCAAGAUAAUAUAUUCACAAAAAGGUGGGUUCUAUGCGUGCAAUGACUACUGUUGCACCACUCUUCAUGUUCAUUGUUUGCUUGGGAAGCAUCCGUAUAUGAAAUCUGGUCAUACCAUAAUCACUCAAGAGAAGGCAUUUCAUACACUUGGCAACAAGACCAUGUCUCGACCACUUUGCGAUGGUCAUCAUGAACACCGUUGUCCAUACAGAGUUGUUUUUAAAAGGGAAAACAUGACAUUUUGUUCUUUACGUUGUUUGGAUAGAAUCUUGUAAAUGCCAUCUAUGUAUGUGCUUUCUCGUCUCUUGUUGCUUAUCCAGUUAUCCUAGUUCCCCAUUUGCUUCAUCAUCUCUGUCUGGUUGUUUACCCGUAAUACUUUUUGUUUCAUAUUUUCAACGGCUUAUAACACAACAAACCGGAUUGAUUCAAUUCUUCAUCGGCCUUUGGGCUUUUAAUUAUGGGCCAAUAAAUACAUGGGACGGCUCUCGCUUAAGAAACUACAGUAAAAACCCCAGAAUGAGUGAGUUUUCUUAAUGAUCUGACGGUCCAUAAUCAUCGAGGACCUCUGAAUUGCCGACGUGUACGAUAGUCAACGCAUUAGCUAAAUAGUGCCGUUUGAGGUUGAAACUUUUGUUUCCAACGUUAACCCUUCUUCUUCUACCUUUAACGUCCGUUAAAUUCCCAUGGAGUUUUUUGUCACCAA